CACAUGCUGGGGAAGUACCGGGGGGCAGCUGAGCUGUGCCGGAAGCUCAACGUGGAGCUGCAGAACCUAAAGGGUUCUAUGAGGAUUCUAUGCAGAGUCCGUCCUCUGAGACAGCAAGAGGACGGGAGCUGCGUGCAUCUGCGAGGCCUCGGGCAGCUCUCCGUCCUCGACAAGGGAGGAAGCAAAGAAUUUCAUUUUGAUACGACAUACGGGCCCAAGAGCACACAGGAAGAGCUCUUCGACGACGCGCGCGCGCUGCUGCAGACGGUGGUGGACGGGUACAACGUGAGCGUCUUCGCCUACGGGCCCACGGGGAGCGGCAAGACGUACUCCAUCACAGGAGGAGGGGGCAAGCACCGGGGGAUGGUGUACCGCAUGCUGGAGGACCUGUUCCGCACACAGAAGGAGAGAGCUGUGCUGGUCAGCCUGCAGGUGAAGAUUUCCAUGUUCGAGAUCUACAACGAAAAGAUCAAGGAUCUGCUGUCGGGCGGGGUUGGGGAGCAGGAGGAGCUUCGGGUCAGCACCGACAAGCACGGGAGCGUUCACGUGGAGGGGCUGAAGGAGCAUGCGGUGGAAAGUCUGCAGAAGGGGAUCGGCCUGCUGGAGCUGGGGAUGAGCGUCCGGGCGACGGGAGCCACCAACCUGAACGAGCACAGUAGCAGGAGCCACCUGCUCGUCCGGCUUGCGGUGUCGGGGCAGGACAAGAGGACGGGGGAGAGGACGAGCGGAAAGAUGUACCUGGUGGACCUGGCGGGAAGCGAGAACGUAUCGCUGAGCGGAGCGGAGGGGAAGGCGCUCAAGGAGGCGAUCGGGAUCAAUCGCUCCCUCUCUGCCCUCCAUGACGUCAUGCUCUCGCUGUCGUCCAAGGAUCACCACAUCCCGUACCGCAACUCGCUGCUCACCAGAGUUCUGUCCGACUCGCUCGGCGGG